AUUGCAAGACUGUGCUGUGUUAUUUGAAAUCCGCGCAUUACUCCACAGUAAUGGGUGAGCUGUGUGUCGAAGGCAUCAGGAGAAACCAGAUCAUGGCUUUGCCGAGUGUCCUGAACUACAGAAUCUGGUCCUCCACGGGGCCUCGAAGCCUGCCGAGCCUGGCCAGGCGAGGGCCAAGCACCAAGCUGCGGAAGAGCCUGUUCGGCCCCGUCGACCACGCCGAGAACCUGCGAUUCGUGCGCGAGGAGCUGGACAAGAUCUCGCGAGAGGACUCCGAGCGGUGGAACUUCGACUUCGCGGCGGAGGAGCCCCAGGAGGGACGCUACGAGUGGAAGACCGUUGGCGAAGUGACACCUGAGGCGAAGAAGUCAAGCCCACUCACUUGCCUCACGAACAAGAAGCAAGUGAAACGAUUGCAGACCGACUUACCGGCCAACAUGAAGCAAAGACUGUGCACCGACUAUUUCAGAAAAACCUCGCACAAGACCCAGAGAACGGUGCCCAAAGUGAAGGACAGUGUUCUCAGCAGUUCUAAUAAAAUGAACAUCACAAAAUCCAGCAAAGUUUGAAAGUGAGAAACGGGAAAUAACUUAAGUAUCCAGGCCUUUUACAUAAGAAAUGCCAAAUACAUAUUCUGUAACAUGUGUGUACAGUAUAGUGCUCUUCUAAGUUAUCUAUGUAGGGGCCAGAUACACCAAAUUUCCCAGAAAUAGGUUCAGGAAAUUAAAAUCUCGGUGAGCCAAAGACUAUCUCGUAAGGAACGACAAGUGUUGAGAGGAGAACCAACACGCUGAAUCUACUCGGUGAAAGUCGUCGUAUCGAGACGUGGAUUGUACGAUGCUGUUCGCGUGAGUGUCUACCGCUUCCUUCUACCUCCUUGACCUCCACUGCUGUUCCGGAAACUAUACUCAUCUCCCUGCGACGACUGCAACUCCGGAUGCAUCUACACCUGUGUUCCGGGUACAGUCCCUCGACGUGCUUCAACCCGCGGCUUCCCUAGACCCCUCAAAACAAGAAUGCUCCGGAAUACAUGUGGCUGCCUUGUGUACCUGUUCUUCUGGCAGUGCUCCUUCGAUCAAGCAAAUUUCCUGUUGUUUUCAAUCACUUCUCGUUUCUGCUUCACGACAAGCACGGAGGCAGGAGGGAAUCAAAACUUAAAUACAAGUUAAUUUCUAACUAUGUGGUAACUGCAAACAGAUAGUGUGACUUCAUAAGAUCAACAUUGGUUCCAACUUAAUUGUAUAUCAUAUCAAAAUUGUCUAUUCAAUGUCACUGAGUUCAUUAUUUUAAUUGUUUUGAUGCGUUUCCAGUAUUAUGUUAUUUAACCUUGAUUUUGUGCACUUGUUAUCACUGUGUUUAUGUGUUUGUGUUAUCCACUGUUGCUGUGUGUUUUACUUGUUAUGAUGAUUUAAACACUAUUCUUUUUUUCCUUUUCAAACUUUGUCCAUAUGUUAUUUUAAACUUGUAUGGAAUCCCAAGAUCUCGUCUAUUUUACAUUAUUUAUUAUAUUAAUAUAUAUUAUAUUUGUACAUAAGAGAUAUAUAUUUUGUGAGGCCAAAUGGUCCAUAUUUAUGAAGGCGUGACUGUAAUAAAUGAAUGUUGAAUUUA